GCUGUCAUGUGCCGAUUGCUCCGUUACAUGUUCUGCUUUGUUUUCCUUCCUUUAGUUUAGCGAGUAACCAAAUCAUAUCUAUAUUUUAGUCUGACAUGAAUGAAAAUAUUUAUGAUGUGAUCUCAUGUGAUUGGGAAUGCAUGUCCAAAGUGGUCAGUUGAUCAGAUUUCCCAAAUGUCAUUCUCAAGAGAGCCAGACGAACAACUAAGGAGGAACCAUGACAUCUCUCUAAAUUCAAACAUGGGGAAGUCUUCCAAAGGAGGAUGGGUCAUCAACACAGACGAUUUCCCUGCCGUCAAACCCGCUCUUGCACCAACUACCCAGUUAUCUUUGACAAUCACAUACAUUUGUCUUUAUGGAUUUCUGUUUUUAUUUGUGUUGUGUCAGCUAUGGAUGAUUUGGUACUACAGACACAAACGAUUCAGCUAUCAGACCUGUUUUCUUUUCACGUGUCUCCUGUGGUCAGGGCUGAGGACGACUCUGUUUUCGUUUUAUUUUAACAACUGUAUCCAGGCCAACAAGCUUCCCUUGUUUCUAGACUGGUUAUUUUAUUCGUUUCCCGUGUGUCUGCAGUUUUUUACUUUAUGUUUGCUUGUACUCUUCUUUGGUCAGGUUGUGUUUAAAGCUAGAGCAAAGUAUGAGCCUAGUCGUUAUAAGAUUCCUUUCCGCCUGACAAUGGCAGUGGUUGUGCUGAUUUUCCUGGCUAACAACGUGACGAGCGCGGUGCUGGUCAGCCACCAGGAGAAGUACCACCACUCACUGCCGCUAUACAUCCUGGUGGUGAGGGUCAGCAUCAACGGGACACUUUUCUUGUUGGCAGCCAUUGUGCUGUCUGCCUGUAUCUACAAAAUGAGGACCAUGUCCUCCUCCAAUGUGAUAUUAGAAGCCAAGGGAACAACACUAUGCCAGUCAAUGACAGUAUCUAUUUUAAUCAUUCUGUUGUAUGCCUCUCGUGCCAUCUACAACAUCUUAGCUGUGCUUUUAUUCAACGAGAUGCCAAGUUUUGGGUAUGGCUGGACCAAUGUUACAUCACAGGCUGACUUGGUAGACCUAGAUAGGGGUUACGCUUUUCUUUCUUUUGGAAUAAUCCUUUUUAUUUGGGAAUUUCUGCCCACUUUUGUUAUUGUGGUGUUUUUCCGAGUGAGAAGACCACAGACUAAUUCGCACAUGGUGGAUUUGUCUAACCACAGCCAAAACAGCAGACAGUAUUUCUUUGACAACCCUCGACGAUACGACAGCGAUGAUGACCUUAGCAGAAACGAUUUGUCAAGAAGUAUCAACUCGUACCAGCCUAACGGUGGCCCAGGCACACCCUCCAGAAGUACCCCGCGUGGCACCCCAAGGCUGUAUGGAUCCAUGCACAGUGCUGCAGGCAGCUACACCAACAAGUUAGGGGGAUUCGGGACUCCCCCAGUGUCCUCCAUCAAUGACUAAAGAUGAUCGAAAUUUGGCGAGGAAAAAAGCUAUACUGUAAAUCUGGAAUUUUUCAGUCAAAAUGAAUCAUUUUUUAGUGUCAGAAUUGGGUCAAAGUAUUAUGCACUUAGAAGUAUUGCAAAUUCUGUUCUAAACUGAAAACUCCUUGGUUUCAAUGGAGCGUCCACUUUUCAUCUGAAUUUUGUCCCUCAGUGGUCAUAAAGAUUAGAUUCUCACACAGCAUUAGCUAGUCAAAUGCCAGUUAUGUUAUAAACAUUUUUAAAUGAAUACUGGCUAUAUAAGGAAGGUUUAGCCCCGUAUUUUACGUUUUGUGUGUUUCACCCUUGUCACAUGGGAGAACUGAAUGAAGACAGUUAUCCCUGUGUCUUGGCAAUUUUAAAAUAGGGCAGAAUCAUUUGAUAGUGUGAAAGCUUGGGCAAAAAUAAUGUGGGAAAAAAUAACCCUCAAUCUUUACAGCACAUCUUGUUUAUGAAUUUAUUUGUAAGUUUAUCAGAUGUACAAUUUAUUAAAUAUACUAUUGAUGUAAAAAAAAAAUAUAUAUUUAUUGUACCUACAAACAGAACUUUCAGUGUUUUAAAAAAUGGUUAAGUGUUAUAAUCAUGAACAUGUUUUUUCUCUGAAAUUUUCUCCACCCAUUUGUUUUUAUUUGUGAAUUUUAUCACUUAAUUUGAUGAAUUGUCACACAGUUUAUUCUUUCUUUUUGUAAAUUUAAAUAAUUUGAGAUUCAAGGACAUGCACAUGUAGCUGUAAAUAUUGCUCUCUUUUAAAUGAAUUUUGAUUUAGUAAGAACACUCAUUCUCAUAUGUUGAUUCAUUAUUUUUAGUAUUUUCAUGCUUAGAUCAGAACAUGAAAUAAAUUAUUAAUUUAAACUGUAUCUUUUAUAAUGGUCAAAUAGUAUAUGAUUUCUGACCAUGAGUUUACAUAUCAGCAAAAUUACAUUUUAUACUUAAACCACGAAACUGAUCUCCUUGAAUUGAAACCAUGCUAAUGUAUGUUCAAUUCUCACUGGAUAAAUAUAAAUAAUACGUACUGAAAUGAAAAUUCGAUUUAUUUUAAAUUCCACAUUUUCAAAAUUUCAAUAGGCGGUAUGACAAGAUACCACUGUAAAUAUUUGUAGACAAAGUGCCCUUAGCUUUUGAAUGUAAAUACCGGUAAAUUAUUGUUCAGCAUUUAAUAUUGUGCUUUAUUUAUUCAACGUAAAUGUCAAUGUCUACUGGUCUGGAGUAUAUAAUGCUAUUUCAUGACCAGGGGUGGUGAUAUAUUUCAUAAAUAUGUAGAUUUCCAAUAGUAAGUGUUGCUAUACCAGUGAUACAUGUAUUGUAUAUGUUUAGCUACAUGUGUAUGUGUCAACAUAGGACAUGUAUAAUUCUAUUUUGUUAAGCAAUUGUGAAAUCAAUUUGUAAAUAAUAUACAUGUACCCUGUAUGCAGGGUCUCUUAUCGGAUUAAAUCUAAUUAACAUUCCUUUGUCAGUGUACAGCAAAUUUUAAUUUUCUUUGCUUAAUAUUUUAUUCAUUGCAAGUUUGUACAAGCUUUUCUGAAAAUGAACUGGUUUUUUAACUCUGAAUAAAUGUAUAUUCUGUGUCAGAGUUUAUAAUGCUUAGCUUGGGAAAUGGAUUUAUAAAUGACCAAUUAGCCACUCAAAGAGUGGUGAAAACCUAAAGUAUAUUGCAUCAUUUUUUAGGGGGAGAGAUUAAAAUUUUUUGGUGUCAGUCUAUUCAAUUCAAUCUAAAAGAUUAUUAAGACAGUAUCUGCAUGGUAACAUAUGGUAUGAACAAACCCAUAAGGUUAAAGAACCAUUACAAUUGGCUGUUUGCAGUUGUAAAAUGCUCUUAGUCAUAUAUAAUUACUAAUUUUUAUAAGUUUUUGUUUUGUGAAAAAUUGAUGUUCAAGAUUUUCUUAGUCAAAUAAAGUCAUUUAAU